CCUUUGCCUCCGAGCAAGGUCGAUCGCUACACUGCUGUAGUGCCGUGCACCCAGCUCCUCUUCGGCAUAUUGGACGAGGGCUCAGGCGCGCCCUCGCGACGGGUGGGACCAUGACGACUCCACCUUGGCACGGGUAUUCGGGCAGGUGUUUUCUUCUCGUCUUUCAUCACUCAGGAGGAGGCGGGCACACCACUGCGGCGGGCCAGAAAAUGUACCACGUGCGAGGGAGCUGUUCGUUUGAGCUGCAGCCAAGGACGCAAGGCGAUGGUACAUCAGACUUGCCAGAUGACGGCCUUUUGUCGGACGAAGGACGCGCCAAACGGAAGAAAACACGAGGGUCUGAGAAGAGGACGCAGUACAGCAACAGGAAGAAGGCUGCGGUGGUCGCGGAGCUGCGAGAGCUGGAGGCCGAUCACGCCGAAAAGAUCUUGCAUGUUCACGGCGUGUCGUGCCAGCAGUUCCUGGCAAGGACGAGCGGCAUUCCCCAACCCAACAUCUGCAAGUGGAACGGUGACGCAGAGAAGCUGAUCGCAGCCGCGGUCAAUGACUUGAAGAAUGACCUUGUCAAGACUGGCAGGCAGGGAGAGGAGGUGGUCCGGAGACGCAGAGAAGAAGCUGCACUCGCUGCUGCUGCAACGGCGCAAGAGGAAGCUCAGAGUGUCGACAGCCUGGAUUCGAGUCAACGCGAGAAAGCUCGUGGUAGAAAUGUAUCCGGACGACUCGCGUGCAACGAACUUUUCAGCGUCGGACCUGUGGUGCAGGAAGUUCGCGAAGCGCCACCAUCUCUCGAAACGAAGGCGCACAAACAUGAAGAACAAGCCGAUGGAGGACCGUCUUCCGCAGAUGAAGAGCUUCCACAGGAGGCUGCGCCAGCUGCUGCAGGAACCACCCGUUCGCCGGGCCGCUGCUGGGGGCGCCGCCGAGAACAACGGCGCUGCGAUCGUUCCUGUGGAAUCGCCCCUCUACGGGCGCUUCAGCCUGAAUGCGCCUUUCAAUGUCGACCAGACCGCGUUCAUUUUCCGCGGCAAAGGCAAGUCCCGGCGGUGGAGAAGGCGGCGUACGACCCCGGCGUGGACGUGCUCUUCCAGGAGAACGCGUGGAUGGACGGCCCAACGUGCAUGACGUGGGCAAAACACAGCUUCCUAAGCAGCAUGAAGGGGGAGGAAGGUGUUGUUCCAGAGGAGCAGUCCAUCCUUUUCGCGGAUAACCUGCACGCGCAGACAACGGACGACUUCAAGAAAUUCCUUCACGGCGAGUGCAACACGCUGCUGCGGCUACUUCCCCCCAAGUUGACCGACGAACUCCAACCGGUCGAUGCCGGCUAUGGACGCCUCCUCAAAGUCGAAGUCGGUAACGAGCUGGAUGAAUUUCUUGGGCACGAGGAAAACCUUUGCCUGUGGGAGACCAACAAGCUUUCAGCUGGUGCAAGGCGAAUCCUUUUCACGCGAUUCAUUGCAAGGGCGGUCGCGCGAAUGGACGCUCGGCCUGGGUACCGCCAUCGCCUGUUCGAGAAGACCGGACUGGCGAUGACGGCAGACGGGUCGUUGGACGACCGCAUCACUCCGGAGGGUGUAGUUGGGGCGUACAACUUCAUGGACGGGGGCACGAGCAGUGACGAGGAGAUGCCCGACCAGGAUGAUGAGGUCGGCGACGACGAUGGGGGAGCGGGCGCUGGCGAAUCAAGCUGCGACAGCGACGCAAGCGCAGAUGAUGAUGGUGAUGACCACGGCGAUGUUCAAGACCCCCUGUCGCAGCAAGAAAGCGAUGAUAACGUCGACUCCGACGAUGACAUCAUCGCGAUGGAGCUUCCGGUCGGAUUCCGUCUUCAACAGUCUCCUCCAGAAAAGCUGGAUCGCGCAUUGAUUAAGCGUUGCGUGUUCUUGACGCGUGGUAUGGGGUGGUUCUUGGGGCAGAUCAGCCGGGCAGCGCCCCCGCAAACUAGCCACACGUACGACUACCGCGUGGUUUUGGCGUACGAUCAAAGCACCAUCAUUGUGAACAUGCCUCUAUAAUAGAUGCAUACGAUGUAGACG